GACUCCACGUGCAGUUUUUUAUCUUAUUUAUUAGCAUAAUCACAUUUAUGCGUACUUGAUGCACUCAAAUCUGCAUGUAUUAUUUAUGGAAUUUAUAAAAUUAUUUAAUAUAUUUUUUUGUUCUGCUGUUUUUUUUAGCAAUCUUCUUUAAAAAUUGAUCUUAUUUGACUUGACUAAACACUAAAUUUCAACAACUAAAUCUUUCUUUUUCUUAAAUCAUAAUUAAUUUGAAGAAUUCCUUCCUUUACUUUAUCAAAAACUUAAACUGCGAUUGUCUUAUUAUCUCUCAUUUUAUUAAAUUUUAAGAAAAGCUACGGUAAACUAUGUAUAACUUUAUAAUUAUUGAUUGAGGUGAAACUGAUAUUAAUUUUUAGAUAGAAAUGAUAAUCCACAAUUCUUAAAUACAAUUAAGAACCUCCAACAAUUUGUCGAAAAUUUAUUAGGAAAUCUUGUAAUCCUAAAAUUAUUAAUUUUUUACUUAGAAAUAAACUGUUUUAGUCAAUCCAUUAAUUUUAAUUUACUCAAGAACUUACAUGCAUAUUUAUUGAUAAUAUCUGUAGAAAUGUGACCAAUUUAAGCACGUUAAAUAUAUAUAAUUGUGAUAAUUGCGCUGAAUACAAAAAGAUAAGAGAUUGUAUGUGGAAUCACGUAAUUAUCAGCCGAUAAUCGCUGACACAUAACAAUAUUACGUAUACAUGAUAAAGAUAUAAUUAUAAUAAUAUAUCAAAUAUUUUUAACAAAUUAAUAAAUAAUAUUAUAAAUUAAACAAUUUAAAAACAACAUUAUUACCACAAUUAUAUUAUCACAAAAUGUCAAAAGAUCACUAAUUUAUGAGUAAUAAAAGAUUAAAAAUUAUUUUUUGUUUUUCGCGAUGUAAAAAAUAAGACAGUAAUAGGUUGAACUUUGAUAGAAUAAAUAAGUAAUUAAAUUUUAUAUUGUAUUCAGAUCUUCUAGCAAUAAAGAUGAGGACAGAAAUAAGUUCUACAAAUAAUAUUUCAAAAUAGUCUGUAUCUACAUGUUGUAUUUUAUUGUGUAACUUAUAAAAAGAAUCGCCAAAGUGAUGAAAAUGGACGUGAAAUUCGUUUUAAUCUCAAUAAUAUUUAUUAUAAUGUUAUCGGAAGCAGAAUUAAUUCGGUCAAAGAGAAGCAUAUUUUUUAACAAAACCGAGUUUCUGCUCAAUUUUCUUUUUCCUAAGGAGCCCAAUAUAGUAAGAGUAAGAAACUCGGCAGAGGCCAGAGUAGCGAAUAAAGUGGCCACGUUAGAUUUCAUUGGUUUGGUAGAAAGACAUGGCUAUCCCAGUGAGGAGCAUCACGUUACAACGGAAGACGGAUAUAAUUUGAAGGUACACAGAAUACCUGGCAGUCCCCUGUCUAAUAGCCAACAAAAUAAAACAGUUGUGUUUAUUAUGCACGGUAUGUUAUGUUCAUCCGAUUGCUGGGUAUUGUUUGGGGCUAAUAAAGAUCUUGCAUUUUUAUUGGCUGAUCAAGGAUACGAUGUAUGGCUUGGAAAUUACAGAGGAAAUUCCUACUGUAGGUCACAUGUUGAAAGGUCUCCACAUGAUGCCAAUUUUUGGGAAUUUAGUUAUCAUGAGAUAGGAACAAGAGAUUUGCCGGCUAUGAUCGAUUACAUACUUAAUUAUACAAAAUCCGAAAAUCUGCAUUAUAUAGGUCAUUCGCUGGGAACUGUCUCAUUAUUCGUUUUACUAUCCACGAAACCCCAAUACAAUGCAAAAAUAAGAUUAGGAACUUGUUUUGCUCCGAUUGCCUUUUGGAAGGAACUGUCUCCCGUAAUCAAAUUUGGAAUUGAUAUAGCGCCACAGCUUGAGGAAUUUUUCGCUAACAACGAAAUAUAUGAAAUAGCUUCGUUGUCAUCGACGAUCAUUACGGCUGGGAGAAAAUUGUGUGCAGAUGGGGCAAUUACUCAACCUUUAUGUAUUACAACGGUAUUUUUAUUAUCAGGAACCGAUCCGGUACAACUUAAUACCACGGCAUUACCGGCAAUACUAUCGAAUUAUCCAGCAGGCACUUCUGUAAAGACUUUAUUGCAUUUUUAUCAAAAUGUAAUUACAGGCAACUUUCAAAAUUUCGACUAUGGACCUCUGGGCAAUUACGAGCAAUAUAAACAGACAACACCUGCGAGAUAUGAUUUAAAAAAAAUUACUGCACCAUUAGCUUUAUUUUAUGGCGUUAACGAUGUGCUUUCUCUAAAAUCAAAUGUCCUUUAUUUAUAUGAACAAUUGCCAAAUGUUGUCUUGCUAGAAGAGCAUCCGUAUAGACUUCUUAGUCAUCUAGAUUUUAUGUGGGCCAUUGAUGCAAAAAUUCUCUUAUACGAUCGUUUAAUAAAAAUAAUGCAGAAGUUUGAUGUUAAAUUAGACUCAGAUCAGGUUUAAUGACAAGAAGAUAUAUCGAAGGUCAAAAUAAACAGUUGCUCAUAAAUUGAAGCCAUGAACCACAAAUUUAACGAAUUCAUAUAUCGUCUAUAAUAAAAUCCAACGACUGAAAAUCUCAAAUUACAUCAACGAUGAUUUAAAGUACAAAAUUAAUUAUAAUGUGUAUGUAAGAACUAAUAUAAAUCUCUCUUUUGUUAUAGUAUAAGUCUCAUAAUAUUAUUACGGGAAUUAGAUUUAAAAUGUAAUGCUAAAGAAAGGUUUAUUUGUAUGAUUGUAUGUGAAUAUAAUUUACUUUAUAAAUCUUUAUAUUUUGGGGAUAAAAAUAAUUGUUUUUUUUUUUUUGUUUUCAUUUUUAAAAAUAGAAUUUUAUCCAAACUGUUUGAAUUAUUUUCUAUUUUAGAAAUUUUUUUCAUAAAUACAUAAGAAAAUAUAAAAAAAUAUUAUAAAAAUAAAAUACUUAUUUAUGUA